AUGACCUCUCAUCCACCUACCUCAAAUACUCAAUCUAUUCCAAGUGACCCUGGACCCAAGAUUACAGUUCAGCUUCAGGGCAAGGACAAGACCAAUAUCUACGCUGUUCUUGCCCAGCUCAUAUUUGCAGAUCACCCUAAGUACAGCAGUGCAUACAAUCAAAAUCCGAAGAAAUUUGCCAACUCAGUCAGAAACCACAUCGUGGGGUACAAGAAACUCAAGGCUAGAUUCAGUGCCACUGGCGCCAGCAUACUGCCUGGCAGCAUUGAACAUUUGGCGGGCAAAAUUGGGAACAUCCAAUCUGACAUUAUGUCCCUUCAUGACUCCAAGCACCAGCACUUUCUUGCAAAGCUUGGUGCAAAGAGCGAGAAUCAGCGGAAUACGAAGAAAUAUACUUGGCUUCAUGAAACGUAUGAUCACGAGGCAUCUCAAGCCAUUAUCAGCCAUCAACGAGAGCAGGAGAAUAGGGCCGCUGAGAUCCACCUUCAUGAAGUCGACAUUCAGGUGCAUGAGGCACAUUCUGCUGUUCUCAACAAGGAGGCGGAGACUUUAUGCUUACGGAUUCAGUAUCAGCAGCUGUUGCAGGCUAGUAACAGUGGGACCUGA